CGGAUCACCGCUGCCACUCCACUCAUCCAUGUGGGCUCCGUUUGUAGCCGUCGCAGAUUCUCGUUGUCCCCGCAGCAUGCCGUACCUACACAGCAGCGCUCUCAAGGGGACGCUCCAGGACGCCAUCCACGGCUUUUACCUCAAGGCCAUCGCCCGGCUGCCGGCAGGCGAGCUGCGCUCCCGCUUCCACCGCAGUCUUCUCAUUGCCGGCCACUGCUACGGCCCGCUCGAUCCUGUCUCCAACAUCAUCAUCAACACCAUCUGGUACGACGCAGCCUUCCCACCUACCGUAAAACUCGAGGUGGAUGUCAUCGGCACAAUGAUUCUCCACCGGAUGGAGAACCGCUCCGUGUUCGGCCUCCUCUCCUUCCUCUCCACACGUUACCACCAUAUCGAUUUCAAUCGAGCUACUCGCUGCCUGCUCCAGGCAGAUGGCAACCUACUCCUAGCUGAUCAUCGCCUUGAUGCUGAGGCGACUGCUGACUUGGAGAAGGCCUUUUUCGCUGCCGCUACGGCUGCCCAUCACCCCAACCCUGAUGCUCAAGCAAAGGUUUUGCAUUCCUGUCCGUCUCAGCAGAUAUCAAUGCUACUGCAGGGUAGUGGCCAACUCUCUUCUGAAGAUGUUCAGUGCCUUGCCAGAUUGCUGUGUCCUGAGGCCGCCUGCAGUGACCAGCCACUUCGGCCGUUCCCUCAUCCAUGGCACCUGAGUUCGCAUACAAGAAUUUCAGAAAAGAUCAAUGCUGCAUUGAGUGCGUAUGCUGCAAUGCUGAGUGGGGAACCCACGUAUGAGCUUCAUACUAUCUGUGGCGUGAACAAACACGUUUCAGGCCCAGUUGGCACUGUUGCUAAGUGCUACCGCACUCAUGUCAAUUUCCUGGCAACUCCCAAAGGCACUCAGUUUCCUACCGGGACAACUCCGCUGCUAUUCUUCGCUGAGUUUCGCAACGAUGAUGAUAAAGACAGAGCUGGAACACAACCCUUUGUCUGCUGUGUGUCAGUGCCGCUACCAUGCACAGAACGAGCUCGGUGCCUUUACUGUGAUCACAUGGGGAUUAGGAUCGUGCAUCCGGUUGGGGAAGAUUUCCAUGGGCGCAAGUUGGAUUUUGAGAAGAUGGUCUGUGGAGAAGACCCUUGCGAUGAUGAUUUUGAUCCUGCAGUGGAGAAGCCAUAUUACACCAACAUGAACAUCAUCGAACAUAGCCGUGGGACGACGGAGAUGGUUAGAGGUAGGGUAGAAGAGGAUUGCCUUUACAAUGAUCCGUUGGAGUAUAGUAGUGAUGAGUAUAACUGUGACCUGACUUUGAUGAGCGAUGAGUAUGAUAGUGAUUUGGAUUCCAUGGCUGAUAAGCGUCAUGUCUCUCACCCCAUGAUAAUAACAUCGUGUUGUAGUGUUUAUUAAGACGUUCGUAAAAUUGAAAGCCAUUGUGCAGUGUAGUGUUGUGACUAUACUAGAGAAUAUUGUCUUAACCUGAGUUCAAGAUGAUGCCUAUGUAAUAUAACAAGUGACUAGUGUACUAGAAUAUCCUCCUACUAUGUUCACCGAGACACCGACUAUGGCAUUGAUUUAGAACCGACAGUUUAUUAUUG